GUUGAUCCUGUGGACUUGCCGUAGUAGAACAGGAAGUCAACAGCUACCAGAUAAUUACUAAUUGAGCUCCUCCCUGUAGCUAGUCACCAAAGCCACACGUUUUCAUAGUGUAGAAACGUGUUUAGUAUUUGUUCGUUAAUUUAGUUGUAGGUAUAAUAAGCUAUACAGCUAGAAACAGUUGAUAGAUUUCUCAAUGAUUUUGUAACCGCGUGAUACUAGCUAUAGCCAGGGUUUGUCAGACAACCGGUGCUUUGCCUUUGUAACUUGCUGACGUUACUGGAGACAGCUAUCUAGCCAACUAUCCAUACAUUCCCCGCUGUGUUUACUAUUGGUAGAACGUGUAGGCUCUUUCUGGAGGGGAAAUUAUGAAUUACUCAGAUUAUGAUUCCGAUGGCUAUUCUUCAAAUGCAGAUCAAGACUAUGUCCCAUCUGAUGACAACCUUAGUGAAGAUGACAUGAAUGAAUGUGUGAAAGAGGAUGGUCUGGAAGGGGAUGACCAGCAUGGCCAACAGUCUGAUAAUGUCACCAAGAAGAAAAAGAAGAAAGGCCAACACAUUGGCAUGAGGAAAAGAAAGAAAGGAGGACUGAAGUUAGAGGAGACACUGCAUGAUGGCAGUGUGGAGGAUCAGAAAGUAGAGCAGGGGGAGGAGAGAGAGUUGUCUACUCCCAGGCCCAAGAAGGAGGAGGAUGAAGAGAAAAAGAAGAAGGCAGAUGAUUUGUGGGCCAGUUUUCUGAGUGAAGUUGGUCACAAAUCCAAGCCACCUACCCCAGUGCCGCAGGCUACUGCUAAACAGCAGGCUGCACCCACAGACAGUCCGAAGAAGCCCAUUUCGGCUCCAUCAGAACCUCAACUACCAGAGCCUAAAGAGCCCUCUAAAGUCACCAUCACUAAGGUGUUUGACUUUGCUGGGGAAGAGGUCCGUGUAUCCAAAGAGGUUGAUGCUGACUCCAAGGAGGCCAAGAGCUUUCUGAAGGCCAAGGAGGAGACACCAUAUGUACAGACUGUACCCAGAAGAUUUGAGCCCCCCUCCCUUGCCCCUGGACCAAGUGUGAAGAGGCCUGUAGGGAUGGGUAGCAUCCUGAACCGCCUCGGGGGGAAGAAACAGAAGAUGAGCACGUUAGAGAAGUCUAAGAUGGACUGGAACGCCUUCAAAGACGAGGAAGGAAUCGGGGACGAGCUGGCCAUCCACAACCGCGGCAAAGAGGGGUAUGUGGAAAGAAAGAAUUUUCUGGAGAGAGUUGACCACCGGCAGUUUGAGCAGGAAAAGAAAGUGCGUCUCGGCAACAUCAUGAAACGAUGACAAGGAAUAAUGUUACAGAUACACUUACACUUACAUUUGUGACACACACAAACUGUACAUGCCUGCCCAGUUCCUCCCAAGGUUUCUCAGCCCAAUACUUAGCCACUGGACUGUCCAUGUCUCUGGAUGGCCUACUGACUGUUCCUGCUGCCGGCUGCUCCUUGACCUAUCAGACCUCACAUACUCAGUUUACACUCAGCACUCCCAUUAAACCGCCAUCUGUUCCUGGACCUGUGUGUGACCUGAGUCACCUGGACUCAGACCCCUGACUGUCUGCCUCAGUGGCUUCCUCCCGCUUCCCGAUUUAGAGGUGUGGUUGCACUGCUAACUUGCUUGCCUCAGCACAUGGCUGUGUGGCCGGGUGUUUCUGUACAUUUGCCAUAAUCCCAAAAAAAGGGAAACCAUUCCAGGAGUGAGAAGAGGAGAAUGAGUAGCACACCCUGAACUCUGAAUCAGACUUUAUGACAUCUUCCUCUCUUGAAAGAGAGGAAGAAUCCACACAGCUCAGAUAUUUGUGCCAUCCCUCUCCACCUCCUGCAGUGAUUCAGUUUGGUGCGCUGUUCAUUGAAAGAGUUCAAGUUGAUUGCAUUUCACCUCCUUGUUGUGCACACUGUGAUUCUCUGGAGUUGUUCCAACUAAUCUGAAGAUAGAAAAAUGGUCUCACUAUUAUGUACCUUAUUUAUACCAACAACAAUCUGAGAUUCUGACAUGAUAAAAGAUUUAUCAACAGGUCAGCUUAGCUGCUUGUUAAACCUGAGCUAAGAGUGGAGAGGAUCGCUAAACGUUCCUCAACUGUUUUCUCAACGUAAUGACACAGCUCCUAUUACAAGGUAAUUGUAUGGCUGUUCAAUAGUAGGCACUCACUCUCACACACAGACAGACAGAAAGGUGAAUUCAGGGACUUUAGUUUUAGUUACUGGUUGUUAAAUGAAUGUGUCUGAAUUCAAGUGUGUCUGAAUAAUCACAGGUAAAUUUGGAACUUGUUUUGUGUUGUCAUCCUGUUGCUGUACUUUGUAACAUGGAAUAAAGCUUGUCAUUUGGUUUGAA